UGUUGCUGCUGCUGCUUUCAAACAACGGUAAGGAAUUGUUUGGGUUACCACCAUAACCGUUAUCAAACAAUGGUUUAAUGGUGUUUACAUACUUUUGACCUCCUUUUUUCAAUGUUCCGUCUUUAUUUAAAUGCACACCGGUUUUGCCGAGAAUCGUUUUGUACGCAUGCAAAUCCGAUUCGGAGUAAACUCCAGGGUUUUUCGAAAACAGUAAAUCCACAAGACCCAUAGUCAGAGGGAAUUUUUCAUCUAAAACAUUAAUUGUUCCUCUAUUGAGAAAGAUAUUGUCGGCUUCACCUAAUGUCAUUGUUCCAUCUGGUGAUACCUUUGGUCCAUACAUUUUAUCUCUGUUGGGGUUCAUUGACCAUUGAUACAUGUACUGAUGGAAAAACCCGUCAUCGUGUUCCACAGUGUAUAUAUCAUCGUUUAAACUCUUGAUAGUUUGCUGUAAUUGUUCUUGUUGUUGUUGUUGUUUUUGCUGUUGUUGCUGUUGCUGUGACGCAAUUUUAUCUAAUGGUUCAAUGAUUGGCGCCAACUGACGUUUUACGCGAGUCAACGAAUCCGCUUUUCCACGACGCUAUUCUGUGUACUUUUUUCGAACAUUUUCCCGGGCUUCAGUCAACAGUUUCAGCAAUGUUUCCUUAUCGGCACUCAUAUUGUAACAAAUGUGUCAAACUUGUAUCUGUAUCGGCCGUCGUCUCGCGCAAAGUCCAAACAAAUCACUGCGAAUCCGUACCGAUCCUUGUUCCAACACUCUUUGCAAAACUCUUUGAAUUCUCCAAAUUUCAUAUCGCAACACACGUAUUCAUCGUACGCGUGUCGUAGAUUAACUUCAUCCUGCCGGAACAACACCACCACAUUUGUGUUGUCACGUAACAUUUGUUUUUGUAUGCGCGACAGUGUUUGGGAGAGAAAAAAAACAUCAACUUGCCUGUGUCGUCCUCGCGCGAAAUAAUCACACAUUACAUUUUGUUUUUCCAUGACAACAUCGUCGAAUAUAAAAACCGAAUUGGGCAGGAUGUUGUCCACCAACGGUACAUCGUCGCCGUUUUCAUAGGUAAACAACUGCACUCCUUGGACGCCGCGUAAAACAUCCACGAGUAGUUGAUACUUGCACUGAUGCAACGAUUUCGAGUAAACGUAAACAUUUUCAAAUCGAAGUCCGUUGAUAUCGGUCAAUAGAGUAAACAUCAAGUUUGUUUUUCCACAAUUUGACGGUCCGCAAAUCAAUGCACGUAUUGUAUUUGGCAAUAGUUUACCGUGUUUACUAGGUGCAAUCUCACUACUUUUUUCAAAAUUCACGAUAGGUAGCGUGAGAGUCUGUUUUUUGAAACGCAUCGCACGUCAUCGAACAAUAACUGUCAAUAUGAAAAUAAUGGUUAAACAGAGACAACGUGGAAAACGAGGUGCAGGGAUAUUGAAUACUGUAAUCAACAAAUUACCAUUCGAAGCCCACAUUCCAGGUUAUCAAUUUGCGGGUCCUGGAACACGGUUAGAAAAGAGAUUAAAACGAGGUGAUAUUGGAGUGAACCCGCUUGAUGCUGCUUGCCGCAAUCACGAUAUCAUUUAUAGUAAAUACAAGAAUCUCGAAGACCGUCAUAAAGCGGACAAGGUGUUGGAACAUCAGGCUUGGGAACGAGUGUUGGCCAAAGACGCUAAAUUGCCUGAACGAGUCGCAGCUUGGAGUGUGACCAACGCGAUGAAAUUGAAACGUAAACUCGGUAUGGGUUUCAAACGAGUUGUGCAUGCGGCCAAACUCGAUAAAAAUGCCCAACAAAUGGAUUUACUGAGUGUGGCAAAACAAUCGUUGAAGGCGGCACGACGUGUGGUGAGAAAGAAAAAAAUUCCACUGCCCCGUACCAUAAACGUUCCAAAAACUAAAGGCGGUGUACUACCGCUUAUACCUAUAUUUGCCGGACUGUCGGCGUUGGGAGCUUUAGCCGGCGGUGCUGCAAAUGUGGUCAAGAUGGCUACCGAACUUAGCCGUAAAGGCAAUACAGCGAUAAGCAUGGGUAAAGGAUUUUACUUGCAACCAUACAAAUCGGGGUCUGGUUUCAAAUUGACGACGAGUACGAAAAAGAUGAUUCGAAAAAAUCAGACGAAAAAAACAAAAAACUAAUUUCGCAGCUACCCGAUCGUGCCUUGUACGAUGUUGAAAUUGCAAAUUUCGGUAGUCGAGCGUUCGACCAUAAAGUGUU